AUGUCAGGAAAACUCCCUCUCGUCUUUCCUGCGGCAUCCCGCCACACAGCUACCGUCAUCUUUGUGCAUGGCCUGGGUGACACUGGCCACGGCUGGGCGAGUGCUGUUGAGAACUGGCGCCGACGAGAGAAGCUCAAUGAAGUCAAGUUCAUUCUGCCUCAUGCUCCUGAAAUCCCCAUCACUGUGAACAUGGGAAUGAGAAUGCCUGGAUGGUUUGACGUUAAACAACUCGGCGGAGAUGUUGAUAGCCUGGUCCGCAAUGAGGAUACAGAGGGUAUCAGGCGAAGUCAAAAAUACUUCCAUGAUCUCAUCCAAGAGGAGGUCAACUCUGGCAUCCCCCCAGAGCGUAUUGUCCUAGGAGGUUUCUCCCAGGGAGGCGCCAUGUCACUCCUUGCUGGUCUCACCUGCACAAGCAAGCUGGGCGGUAUUGUCGGCCUCUCAUCGUGGCUUCUCCUGUCCAAAACCUUUGCCGACCUUGUCAAGCCCACAGAUGCCAACCGCCAGACUCCCGUGAUGAUGUUCCAUGGCGAUGCUGACCCUAUCGUUCCUUUCCAGCGUGGAAAGCUGAGUGCCGACCUGCUUAAGGAGCUUGGUUACGAUGUGUCAUUCAAGACUUACCCUGGUAUGGGUCACUCUGCUUGCCUGGAGGAGCUUGAUGAGGUUGAGGCGUUCCUGAGAAAGCAAUUGCCUCCUAAGAACUAA